CUCAGUUGACCCUGAAUUUAAGUUUACACCUGAUGAAAGCUUUAUAGGCCAUGUGUUACAGCAGCAUAAAGUUAGUAAAAGUUUGUGGUAUCUGGGCUUCCCUCUGGCUAUACGCUCAGUCCGUUGUCUGGUAUGCCACUGGCUACCCCUCCUAACCUAGGCUGUAAUAUAAACCUGUCUUACUGAGAAGGUGCCUGAGCGCUCUGUCCUGUUCUCUGCGGUUCUCUGGUCUGAAGAUCUCGCUGCAAUGGGAAAACGCAUCUUGCUGCUCCUGCUGGGCCUCUCCUUGCUGGCAAGCUCCCUGCAAGCUUUGACAUGUUUCAGGUGUGUUAGGUUCAAUUCUGAUGGGAUUUGUGUGAAAGGUGAAGGUUGCUGUAAAGCUAAACCUGGUGAGAAGUGUGCCUCACUCCAAACCAUUUCAGGUGGCCAACUCCAGUUUGGAAGCCAGAGAUGUGCUGACCUUUGCUUCAGUGGGACUGUUGUGAAUGGAGAUAAGAUAAUAAAAAUGAAUUGUUGUGAUGACAAAUCUUACUGCAAUAAAGUCUAAGCCUGAUACUUGAUUGUACUGUUGUAUUUUAGUGUUUUUCACUGAGCCUUUG